UUUAUAGUCCGUUUUAAAGUUUUCCAUCAAUACCUAACUCUUCCUGGAAACUCCAUGAAUAAAAUAACAAAAACACACUGAAGAUGCAGGGUGUUGUAAAAACCAAGCUUGAAUACAAAGUUGAUUUUGAAGCCUCCCCCCACCCCCUCCUAAAAAACAUAGAAAAAACCACUGGAAGCAGUUUGAGGAACCAUUUCUUUUAAGGAAGGAGCAGUUGGACUUGGACAGCAAACUAAAAAAAUGAAGCCAGGAAGGAGAGAUGUUUGUUGUUGCUUGUAGACCCAUGGCUGGUGUGUCGCCUCUAUCAGCCAAUUCUCAAUCGCAACAACCAUUCCCAACACCUUCACCAUUCUCCUUCUCAGAUGCCUCUGCACGAUUGAGCACUAGACCAUCCGUUUACCAAUGCAAUCUCAUCCUUCGAUUCUUGGCACUUUUGUUCUCCUUCGUCUCUGCACUUUCCCUGGCUGCUUCAUCAUCCAAGAAGGAUAGCCCACGUCCUUCUAGCUUCGCUGACUACUCAGAAUUGCUGUACUGCUUCAUUGCAUCUGUUUUAGUGUUCGUUUAUUCUGCUUUCCAACUCUUCAAAGGUAUUUGGGACAUUGCACAAAGAGGCAUCCUCAUCUCAGACAUGUUCUCGGACUACAUGAGCUUCAUUCUUGAUCAAGUGGCAGGCUAUCUUCUGAUCUCUUCUAGUUCGGUAGCAAUAGUGACCAUCCAACAGAUUGAUAAAACUGCAUCGAUCUUGAAGGCGGUCAUCAUUUCCACAAUCGUGUCGUUUGUGACUUUCCUUGUCAUUGUGAUAUGCACUCUGUUAUCGGGCUACAAGCUAUGCAAGAGAAUCAGCUGGUGACGCAUCUCGUGCCUGCUUAAAAUCCUAGCUUUCUUUCUGAACCACAACAAAUCAUCUCCGAUUUAGCAUGUAAAAGAAAAGGAAUCUGCUUCAUGGGCAUGCCCGGUGUAAUAUCAUGCUCUGCUGCUUCUUCAAUAAUAUGAAAUACAAUCAUUUUCCUUCCUUUUUUUCCCCAGGUUAAACAUGAUUGGGCGUUAGGUU